UAGACAAAGAGAGAGAGAGAGAGAGAGAGAGAGAGAGAGAGAGAGAAGGAUGAGAAUCCAUGGUGGUGUCAGGUUAACUAGGGCUCGCAGAGGGGGUGCAGCUGGUGCCCUUGCACACAUCUCCAUCUCAAUAUGUCCAUGGACGACCACCUCAGCCUCCUUCAAUCCCCACCUCAUUCUAUUACCAAGACCCACUGGGACCAUCCCGACCUGCGGAACUGCGACACGGAGACAGACAUCGAUGUGAAGAUGGUCGUGGCGUGCGGCGGAGACAACAUGCUGGAGGAGUCGGCAGCUUUACCAGGUCACCACUCUCUGGACCGCUAUCAACAAAACCAACCGGACCACGAGUGCUGCGAGCGCGUAGUCGUCAACAUCUCCGGGCUGCGCUUCGAGACGCAGCUGAAAACCCUCUCCCAGUUCCCUGAGACACUGCUGGGGGACCCCAAGAAGAGGAUGAGGUACUUUGACCCACUGAGGAACGAGUAUUUCUUUGACAGGAACCGCCCCAGUUUCGAUGCCAUCUUGUAUUACUACCAGUCAGGCGGGCGUAUCAGGAGACCCGUCAACGUGCCCAUAGACAUCUUCUCUGAGGAGAUCCGUUUCUACGAGCUGGGAGAAGAGGCCAUGGAGAAGUUCAGAGAAGAUGAGGGUUUUAUUAAGGAAGAGGAGAGACCACUACCUGACAAUGAGCUGCAGAGAAAGGUGUGGUUGCUGUUUGAGUACCCUGAGAGCAGUGGUCCUGCGCGGGGGAUAGCCAUCGUCUCCGUCCUCGUCAUCCUCAUCUCCAUCGUCAUCUUCUGCCUGGAGACGUUACCGGAGUUCAGGGAGGACCACAAGGAGCCAGUCCCGGUGGCUUCCGUUAACGGCACCGAGCCGUACUUCUCCUCUCCGUUCUCCGACCCGUUCUUCGUGGUGGAGACGCUGUGCAUCAUCUGGUUCUCCUUUGAGCUGCUGGUCCGGUUCUUCGCUUGUCCCUCCAAGGCCAUCUUCUCUAGGAACAUCAUGAACAUUAUAGAUAUCGUGGCCAUAAUACCGUAUUUUAUAACGCUGGGCACGGAGCUGGCAGAGCAGCAGGGGAACGGGCAGCAGGCCAUGUCCCUCGCCAUCCUCAGGGUCAUCCGUCUUGUCAGGGUGUUCAGAAUCUUCAAGCUGUCCAGACACUCCAAGGGGCUCCAGAUCCUUGGCCAGACACUAAAGGCCAGCAUGCGGGAGCUGGGUCUGCUCAUCUUCUUCCUCUUUAUUGGAGUCAUCCUCUUCUCCAGUGCUGUUUACUUUGCAGAGGCCGAUGACCCAGAUUCCGGCUUCAGCUCCAUCCCAGACGCCUUCUGGUGGGCCGUGGUCACCAUGACUACCGUUGGCUACGGCGACAUGCACCCAAUUAGCAUAGGUGGGAAGAUUGUUGGUUCUCUCUGCGCCAUCGCUGGCGUGCUGACCAUCGCCCUGCCCGUCCCCGUCAUCGUGUCCAACUUCAACUACUUCUACCACCGGGAGACGGAGGGUGAGGAGCAGACGCAGUACCUCCACGUGGGCAGCUGUCAGCCACUGGCGGCCGAGAUGGACGAUGGGCGGGGGGUGAGGAAGAGAAGCAGCUCUUCAUUGCUCAGUAAGAGUGAGUACACGGUAAUAGAGGAACACAGAGCACUGAACAGCAGUACCUUCAAACAGCAGCAGAACUUCUCAACGACAACCGCUGCUACCAUGACAACCGUGACACACAACAUCACAGCGAACAGCAUCAGCAUUAGCAAGAAGAUUUUUACGGAUGUCUAGUCUACGGUGUCGUAACAGACUCUUGGAUUAAUGGACAGUCUGUAGUGCUUUAACAGCUGCAUGAAGCGCUUUAGGUUAUAUGGGGAUAAACUCAGCUCAUCCACCACCACUGCCUCCAGCACCCUAGUACCUAAUGGGGAAAAUAUAUGAGAUACAUGUACAUGAUAUAGACAUACCACUGGGCUGUACUCUGAAUCUUACAAUAAAACAGCCAGUAUGCAUUUCUGUCUGGAGACCGACAUAUGCAGCUACAAAGUUUUAUAUAGCCAUGUCUAGACACAGAGAGAGACAGCUACAGAGCUAUAUAACCAUAUAUGGAGACAGAGAGACAGCUACAGAGCUAUAUAACCAUGUAUGGAGACAGAGAUACCCAGCUACAGAGGUAUGUAACCAUGUCUGGAGACAGAGAUACCCAGCUACAGAGCUAUAUAACCAUAUCUGGAGACAGAGAGACAGCUACAGAGCUAUAUAACCAUAUCUGGAGACAGAGAGACAGCUACAGAGCUAUAUAACCAUGUAUGGAGACAGAGAGAGACAGAUACAGAGCUAUAUAACCAUAUAUGGAGACAGAGAGACAGCUACAGAGCUAUAUAACCAUAUCUGGAGACAGAGAGACAGCUACAGAGCUAUAUAACCAUGUAUGGAGACAGAGAGAGACAGAUACAGAGCUAUAUAACCAUAUCUGGAGACAGAGGGACAGCUACAGAGCUAUAUAACCAUGUAUGGAGACACAGAGAGAGACAGCUACAGAGCUUUAUAACCAUAUCUGGAGACAGAGAUACCCAGCUACAGAGCUAUAUAAUCAUGCCUGGAGACAGAGAGAGACAGAUACAGAGCUAUAUAACCAUAUCUGGAGACAGAGAGACAGCUACAGAGCUAUAUAACCAUGCCUGGAGACGGAGAGAGACAGCUACAGAGCUAUAUAACCAUAUCUGGAGACAGAGAUACCCAGCUACAGAGCUAUAUAAUCAUGCCUGGAGACAGAGAGAGACAGCUACAGAGCUAUAUAAGCAUGUCUGGAGAUAGAGACAGCUACAGAGCUUUAUAACCAUGCCUGGAGAGAGAGAGAGACAGCUACAGAGCUUUAUAACCAUGUAUGGAGACAGAGAGAGAGACAGCUACAGAGCUUUAUAACCA